AUGGCUUCUUUGGCCUUUGCCCGCCUAGUGCGCUCUCGUCCUGCUCCGGCACUGGCCGCCUCCAGGGCAUUUGCUGCUCGUCGCUAUGCUUCUUCUGAGCCAGAACACACGAUGACCGUGCGUGAUGCUCUCAACGCGGCAAUAGAGGAGGAGAUGCUGCGGGACGAGAAGGUGUUCAUUCUGGGUGAGGAGGUCGCGCGUUACAAUGGUGCCUACAAGGUCACAAAGGGCCUGCUGGACAAGUUUGGCGAAAAGCGUGUCGUAGACACGCCAAUUACUGAGAUGGGUUUUGCGGGCAUUGCGGUUGGCGCAGCGCUUUCAGGUCUUCGUCCAAUAUGCGAGUUCAUGACUUUCAAUUUCGCUAUGCAGGCCAUCGACCAGAUAGUCAACUCUGCGGGCAAGACAUACUAUAUGUCUGGCGGAAAUGUACCAUGUCCAGUUGUUUUCCGUGGUCCUAAUGGUGCUGCUGCUGGUGUAGCUGCCCAACACUCACAAGACUACGCUGCGUGGUACGGCUCAAUACCUGGUCUGAAGGUAGUAAGCCCAUGGAGUGCGGAGGACUGCAAGGGUCUGCUGAAGUCUGCCAUUCGUGACCCUAAUCCCGUUGUCUUCUUGGAGAACGAGAUGUUGUACGGUGUCUCCUUCCCUAUGUCGAACGAGGCCAUGUCCGACAACUUCCUCCUGCCUAUCGGCAAGGCAAAAGUGGAGCGCGAGGGCAGUGAUGUGACCAUUGUUGCCCACAGCAAGAUGGUCACCCACAGCAUCGAGGCUGCUGACGCACUCGCCAAGGAGGGCAUUAAGGCGGAGGUCAUCAACCUGAGGAGUAUCCGCCCACUUGACAUCGACACGAUCAUCAAGUCGGUCAAAAAGACGAACAGACUCGUCAUCGUUGAGGGUGGUUUCCCUGCAUUCGGCGUUGGCAGCGAGAUUUGUGCCCAGAUCGUGGAGAGUGAGGCAUUUGACUACUUAGACGCCCCCGUUGAGCGAGUCACUGGCGCCGACGUUCCUACACCAUAUGCUACCAAUCUUGAAGUUCUUUCUUUCCCCGACACCCCGCUUAUCACCAAGGUCGCGAAGCGGGCUCUCUAUCGUACUAACUAG